AUGUAUAUGAUUGAAGUAAAUCAGUCUACUAUUGAUCCAUCAUCAUGGGUAUUAGAUACUAAAUGCGGGUCACACUUAUGCAAUUGCAUGAAAAUGCUAGAAACAAGUAGAAGAUUAACGAAGGAAAAGGUGGUCCUAAGAGUAGGAAAUGGAGCAAAGGUUGCUGCAUCGACUGUGGGGAUAGUUACCAUACCUUUACCAUCUGGGUUGGUCCUGGAAUUAAGAGACUUCUACUAUGUUCCUUCCAUAUCUCAAAAUAUCAUAUUUGUGUCAUACUUGGCAUUAUAUGAUGAUAUUGAAUUUUGCAUUAAGGGUAAUUGUUGUUCUUUUCUGAAGGGAGAGAUGUAUUAUGAUGCAGGGACACAUUCGAACGGUCUUUAUAUUCUUGAACCUAAGAAACCUAUACUCAAUGUAAAGGUCAAGAAAGUAAAGAAAGAUGAUCCAAAACUAUCCUACAUCUAG